AAUCUUGCCAACUUUUCUACAAAGGUGCCCCCCUCAAGAUUGUCCGUGGCCAAGGGCAGUAUAUGUACGAUGAAGAGGGUACUCGCUACUUGGACUGCAUCAACAAUGUUGCUCAUGUUCUCCCGGCCAAGUGCCGCUCUAGUCCAGCUGUACCGCUUACCCUUCGCUCUCGCUCCCACAGAUAUAAAACUGAUUUUUCUUCUAUAAACAUUUAAACCUAUUUAUAUUAUUUAAACAUUAUAAAAUAUGUUUUGUUCAAGGCAAAAAGUUUUUAUUACAAAAAAGAAAGAAAAGAUAAAAAGUAAAAUUAGUUGGUGUUCCACUUCGUGGCCAACACCAAGUAUUGUAAUCGUCGGAAAAACCGGCCACCUCAGAUCGGGUUCAAACUUGGUAUGAGCACGUUUUAGACAUCCCACAUUACGAAAAUGGUGGUGGAAAAUUUUUGAUCCGGCCGGCCUGCCGGCCGGCCUGCCGGCCUGCCGGCCGGUCGCCUAAACUUUGCCUUAUAACUUUCGAACGGUAAGAGAUAGAGACUUCCGGUUUGAAGUUUUCUAUAGAAAUAUGGGUGUAAAAUUUCAUUUUUUCGCAUUUUCAAAAUCCAAGAUGGCCGCCGUCCGCCAUUUUGAAAUACUAUCAAUCACUUCCCUUAUAGCUAGAGGUCUGAAAUUUUAGUAUGUUGUAGAGCUCAGAGAGACGUUUUCAUCAACAAUUCAUACUUGACAAUCGGUCAAGCGGUUUAGCAAAUAUGGCGGCCUUAAGCAAAAAGUGUUUUUUCGAUACAACUCGAGAACGGCUUGACCGAUUUUGAUCAUCUUGGUAUCAAAUGAAAGGUUUCAAGAAGCCCUACAACUGUAUAGAACAUUCCAAGUUCCAAAAACAUCCGCAAGAGGCGCUAAAAUCAAAAACAAAAAUUGCCUAACUUUAAGAGGCAAUAUCUCCCAACAUCUGUUAUAGAUUUCCUUUAAAUUUUGAUAUGUUGUAGCCUGACUCAAUAUCUGUCACCAGUCCGAAAAUGAAGAAAAUCUAUGUCGCCGUUUAGAAGAUAUGGCCAUUUGAAUAAUUCUUGCAUUUGAAAAGUUCUAAGAACCAUAUCUCUUGAACCGCUUGUCCGAUUUGACUCAACUUUGUAUCAAAUUAAAGGUUUUGCAAUUAUCUACAACUUUCUAGAACAUCAGAAACCUCUAGAACCAUUCCUUCAGGACGAAAAAUGCGAAAAACUGUUUUGGUGAAACAAAAAUCCGCCAUUUUGUGUUCUGGAGGUGACCUUGAAAAUUAUUGAGAUAUAUGUCAAAUUAUAGCUUAUUUCAAGACCUUUCCAAAACUAGUCAUGAAAUUUCUGUAGGUGUUAUAGAACAAGAGAUAUGACAAUUUUUAUGCAUCAAAUUGCUGAAUUUCACUAAAAAAUCAACUUUGCCUACUAAUAUUGUUCACAAAUAGUAUUACAACGCAUAAACAAACUUCUACACGUUGUGGGACACCAACUCUUAUAACUGGACGCGUUAUGAUUGACUUUCCCUUGAUUUGCUAAAUGAUUUUAUUUAUUAUAUAAUUAUAAUUACGCUAAUCUGAAAUGUAUCGAUUGGCUUAGUGCCGCUAUGAGUAUGAAAUAUAAUUCAGUCUUGUCCCAGAGCCCGUGGUGAUCACUUCAUUUUGGCGACGCAGGAAGGAAUUUUGCGAGAGGUUGAGAGUUUUUCCGGGAAGGAAUUGCAUUAUUGCAUUGUGAAUUGUGAAGAAGAUGGCCACGGGAACGUCGGCACAAAAUGUGGAUUCAGUGGCAGAGCUGUUAGGCUCGCGUGCGCUCAUUGGGGGUGUGGAUAAGUACAUCCCGGGGGAGGACUUUGACGUCUUCAUAGAGCGACUGGAAAACUUUUUCAGAAUGAAUGGAAUUCGCCAGGACGCGCUGAAGAGUCAACUUUUUCAGGACAAAUUGACAGCAGAAGCCUAUAAAGUCCUGAAAGGAGCUAUUCAGCCUGCCUCGGUCAAUGAUAAGCCCUAUAGUGAUUUGGUGGGCAAGCUGAGGGAGAAGUAUGCGCCCAAGUUGAGCGUGGUGGCUGAGUGUUGCAAGUUUUACAGAAGAAACCAGCUGCCUGGAGAGUCCAUAAGGGACUAUAUUAUUGAGCUCCAGCAGCUGGCAGAAACUUGCGCGUUUGGGGAUUUUCUCCAACGGGCGCUCCGCGACCGACUCAUCAUGGGGAUGUCCAGUGAAAGAAUACGUGAGAAGUUGGUGUCCGCGGAUAGAGAUUUUGAUGAGACCGUGAGAUUGGCGAUGGCUGCAGAGGCGACGCGGGCUAGCCUGGAUGUAGUAGCCGGAUCAGAGACUGCAGCGGGGGUGAGCUUCAUCAAAAAUCGGGGCAAAGUGCAUCGCCGAGUGCAAAGUCCAAUGGGCAAAAUUCAUAAGCACAAGCAGAAAGGUCAGCAGGGGUUUACAAAGCGCAAACGGUACCCCGAUGGUGCCAAAAAGAGAGUGCAGUGCUAUUUUUGCCAACAAUGGGGCUCACACUAUGCGGUAAAUUGCCCGGAGAAGAGGAAGCGUCGGAUGAAUCAUGCAGAAGAGGAAGACUCAGAGGGUGAUGAUCAGCUUCCGGGAACAAUUUCAUCGAUGUUUCUGAACGCCGUGAAGAAGGAGAAGCCACUGGAUGUGCCCACCUACGAGGAGGUAAUUGAGGAGGAACUUCUGAAGUCGGAAGAGGGAGACGACUACUUAUGCAUGGACAUUCAGGAGGAGGAUCUACUCCUGGAGGAGAACAUCAAUACCUGGGGCACUGCCAUCCGCAUGUUGUGGCCGCAGGAUGUCGCCAAAUGGCCCUUCUGGCCACGAAUAAUCGCUUCCUGCACGAUGAGCUCGUGAGGUGUGCCCAGAGGAUUGCCGAUAAGACACCCGGUGAUCUCUCAGUCUGCUUCUUCGUCAACUCCGGGUCUGAAGCCAAUGAUUUAGCCAUGCGUCUGGCCCGGGCAGCCACGAGCCAACGAGACAUCAUCACAUUGGAUCAUGCCUACCAUGGACACCUGAUAUCCACAAUGGAGAUCUCACCGUAUAAAUUCAAUCAACCAAAUGGAGAUCCAAAGCCGUACUACGUGCAUGUGGCUCCACCACCAGACACCUACCGUGGCAGAUAUACGAGCCGGAAGCAUUCAGAUGAUGAAUUGGCCAAUUUGUAUGCCGCUGAAGUGGACAAGAUUAUUGCCAAUGUUAAGGCUGAAGGACGUGGCAUUGCAGGCUUUAUUGCUGAGAGCCUCCAAAGCUGUGGUGGACAGAUCAUCCCGCCAGAGAAGUACAUGGGGCUCGUUUACAAAGCUGUACGCGAGGCUGGAGGUGUUGUGAUUGCUGAUGAAGUUCAGGUGGGCUUUGGUCGUGUUGGGACGCAUUUUUGGGCUUUUGAGCAGCAACACGUCAUCCCGGAUAUUGUCACAAUGGCCAAACCAAUUGGGAAUGGGCAUCCAGUGGGUAUUGUCCUGACAACUCCCGAGAUUGCUGAUACUUUUGCUUCCAGUGGAAUCUCAUAUUUUAACACCUACGGCGGCAAUCCGGUUUCGUGUGCUAUUGUCAAUGCAGUUCUGGAUGUGAUUGAGGAUGAGGAUUUGCAGGAGAAUGCCCGGAAGGUGGGAAAUCAUUUAAUUGAGCAGUCAAUGAUGCUGAAGUAUGACUUCAAUUUGGUCGGCGAUGUACGUGGAUCUGGCUUAUUUUUGGGUAUUGAGCUAAUUCGGAAUCAGGAGACUCUGGAACCUGCCACCGAGGAGGCAACCUUCGUGGUGAAUCGCAUGAAGGAUGUUCACCAUAUUCUCGUGAGUCAGGAUGGACCCAAUAACAAUGUCAUCAAGCUAAAGCCCCCAAUGGUGUUUAGUGUUGAGAAUGCCGAUGAAUUCCUCCUCGCCUUCCGGGAGUGCCUAACACAACUCCAGGGAGUGGAACAGAAAUCUCCCGAAGUGCAAACAGCCACCAAUUCCAUCGUGUGUACAAAGCCUGAAUCGAAGAUUCUCAAAGCAGCUGAACGCCCCAUUAAGGGCGUCUAAAGUUCUUCUUUAUCUGUAUUAUUUCAUUAAUCACAAUAUUUUCUCAAGAUAAUGUUUACAAAAUGCAACGUAGUUUAAGAAGAAAAAUGGAAAACAUAUACAUAUAUAAAAUUUUUCCUUUUGCAUUUUUUUUUAGCAUAAAUGGAUGUGCAAUGAAAUUUAUUGUUGUAUGAAAAGAUAUUAAAAGAGAGUUUUUAUCAGAGACGUUAAA